UUCUCUCUCUCUCUCUCUAGCAUGUCUUUUAUGUUUAUAGUUUUACAUAUAUUUUCUAUUCACCAUAAUUAUCUUGGCUGCAAAAAUAUGGCAUAUGAUGCUUUAAUUAAUAUCCUAUAUAAAACUAGAAAGAUGACAAGAGAUGGUAAAAUGUUUUUGUAUGUACAGUAUAAUAUUAUUCAGUGUGCAGAUACAAAAUUCUUCCGGAAUGUCCAAUGUAUAAUAUUCAAGAAUGCACAGAUAUUAUACUAGAAUCAGGAUGAGAUUGUGUUCAUGUUUGGCCGUGUGUGUGUGUGUGUGUGUGUGUGUAUGUGCGUGCGUGAGUUUUCACAACUGACAGAUCUUUACAAAGGAUAAGACUCAGAGAAACCAGGGGUCCAACUUUCCUCUGCAGAUGGAUUGUGGUUUUGGGCGAUGGCUGUUUUUUUCUACAAUGAAACUGAGAAAAGCUUACACGCUGUGGUUGGCAUUUGCCCUCGUCCUCCUCCUAUGGCGUAAGCCCAAUUCUGUGAAGCUGAAGGCGACAGGAAACAGCCAUGGUUGGCACCGCAAUAUAUCUAUCCUGCUAUGGUACUGGCCCUUCAACAUCUCCUACCCGUUGGAUGGCAACGUCUGCCUCAACAAGUAUGGAAUCCCUCGGUGCCAACUCACGGACAACCGCUCGCGAUUCGACCAGGCAGAUGUUGUAGUUUUUCAUCAUCACGAGCUGAAAUAUGCCCACCAGAAACUCCCACUGCAUCUGCACCCCCCACGGGGCCAGAAGUGGGUGUGGUUGUCGCUAGAACCUCCGGUGGUGAACCAAAACGUUAGUGGGUACAAUCAUCUGUUCAACUGGACCAUGAGCUAUCGGCGGGACGCAGAUAUCUUCUUGCCCUACGGGCGGAUGAUUCCAAAAAGGACAAACGAAACCUUCCUCAUCCCAAAGAAGAGCUCGUGUCUCGCCUGUUGGGUUGUCAGCAACUACAAGGAUGAACACAUCAGAUCCAAGGUGUACCAUGAACUGCGUAAGCACAUCCCCAUUGCACGCUAUGGCUGGGCAAACAAAAAACCUUUGUCUAAAGGGCGUCUGCUGCCCACCAUUGGCCGCUGCCAUUUUUACCUGGCCUUUGAGAACUCUAUCGCCAAGGACUACAUCACAGAGAAGCUGUGGAGGAACGCCUUCCUAGCAGGAGCGGUACCCGUGGUUUUGGGACCACCUCGGUCCAACUACGAGGAGUUUGUGCCCCCUGAUUCGUUCAUCCAUGUUGAUGACUUCAAAAGCAGUAGCGAGCUGGCAUCCCAACUCAAGAGGCUGGCUGAGAACAGGACCCAGUAUGAGUUGUACUUCAAGUGGCAUAAAGACCAUGUGGUCCACAUCUUCUCAGACUGGAGAGAAAGGCUCUGUCACAUCUGUAAAAAGUACCAUGAGCUCCCUUCACCCAAUGUCCAUCAUGACCUACAAGGUUGGACAAUGACAUAAUUUUAAUUAAAUCAAUGACUCAUUUGUACACACCACUGUGGACUGACAAAUGAACACGUGGAAUACAUUAAGAGAUAGACUGACCACAUAAAGAUAUAGGUUUCCCAUUUGUCAAUUAUACUUCUUAAUGUCUAAGAAUACUAUUGAAUAUCUGUACACCACACUAUACCUUAUUAGGUUAUACCUGUAGGUUAUUACAGAUAGGGUUCUGAUAGCUUGAUUGUGGUUAAAUUGGCUUGUUAUCAACCCCCUUUGAAAAAAAAUAGUUAGCUGUGCUUAAUGCUACCAUGAAAUGCAAAGGAUUAAAAUGUGGAACUUCUAAAUGUGGAAAAUAUAGAAAAAAAGAAUCAUUAUUUAGGAAAAUGCAUUAGGCUACGGAACUAGAAAUGAAUUCCAAGGAAUUACCAGUGCAUGAAAAUGCCAACAUUUUUAAAUAUAAUUGUAUAGGUUGACAUAUGGUGGUUGCUAGGGUAAUUGAGAUUGUUACUAAGGUGUUGCUAAGACACAUAUGGUGGUUGUUAGGUUGACAUGGUUUAAUAAAUGUUGAUAGACAGAUAGUUUAAUAUACAUAAUUUAAGGGAUGUGUAGAGGUAGACAGUUUAAUGAAUGUUGCUAGAUAAAUAGUUUAAAGGAAAACUAUGCAGAAUUGGCGAUUUCAUCGCCGGUUUCGCUUUCGCUUUUUGUUUUCGCUCGUUUCAUGCUUGCAUAUUUCUCUACAGAGCUUCCCUUACAGCUUUAGCGUGUAUAUUUUACACAACUCCUCAAUCGGUCAGUCUGCUGUGCCUUUUCAUGAGACUUUACAUGACACUU